AUAAGGAAAGGAUUAGGGAGUCGUAAGGGCGCAAAAAUCAAACAUGGCUCAGGCAGAUCAGCGCAUGGAACCGCCUAAAUCCUGCCAAGCGUCGACAGAAGCAUCGCUUCAAAGAUUUACACGUGGACCACGGUGUAUGGAUGUCCUCCAUCACAUUCUGACAGACUAUGCCAAAGUGGAGAAGAAAAUUAGCCAGAUCUACAAUGAGUUUGAUGAUAAGUGGAAGACAAGAGCCCUUACUCAGAUUGGCAGCAACUUGGUGUACGAUGAGGUGAAUGCUGUCAUUGAUGUCUGGAUGGCAUCCAUGAAGGAAAAAGAGGAUCUCCAUUCCCAAUAUUUAACCCAGAUGUAUGCAAACAACGGACCCCUUAGGACCCUUCAAAGCUACAUCAGCUCAGAAGAUGUUAAUGCUAUAAGGAAGGCCACUCAGCAUCUCUAUGAAAGGGCAAAGAAGAGACAGAUGAAACAGGAGAAGGAGAUUGAUCAGCUCAAAGAGGACCUUUUCCUGGCCAAAGACAAGAUGGUUCAGUUCAAACCACAGAUGGAUGCAGCAGACGUCAAUCCUGACCCCCACACCAACUUCAGAGAACUCUUGGGCUACUGGCGGAAACUGGAGGGUGAUGCUGACGGGGCCAGGAAAUCCUACAGACAAAAACUGCAAGAGGAAAACUCAACACGAACGACUUUCAUUGAACAUAUGGAAACAUUCCAGAAGGAUUCAGAUGCUUAUGAGAGGACUCGCCUUGAGAACGUGCAGAAUGUGAUGAUGUUGAUGAUACAAAGCAGCAAAACAAUAGAGCUCAACAGGAAUGAAGUGCUGGAGCAGUUAUUUGACAAAGGAAUCUCUCGCCUCAAGAAGUACAACUUACAGAAAGAGAUUGAUCUCUACAAUGUGUUCUAUGUGUAUCAACACAAGUUCCCCAAGGAAGAGCCUCACCCAUCUGAAGUGUUGCCCAAGAAGAAGGCAGAGGAUGAGGAGUCAUCUCAGGAGACAGCUAAAGUGGACCAAUCUGUUGAGAUCGACAUUGUCCAAGUGCUGCCAGCCAAAGACAACACGACCAUGUUUGUGCAGACCACAGUGGAUCCUGCAACUGAGACGAAACCAAAGGCAACAAGAUAUUCCCGUCAUGUGGCAUUGACCACCCCAAAUCCACAAGAUGUCCGCUACCUGCCUGAUGUGGAGAUUCCAAAUGUGGUAACAGAGAGGAGACAGACGGCUGCUCCCAUCAUGAAGGAGACAACCGUGGAAUGUGAUAAAGGCCUCUCGGGUUCUGACUCUGACUCUGACUCUGAUGAGGACCAGUCACAAAGGCAGGCCAAAGCCUCUGAUAUUAGAAACAUCGCACAAGGACAGAAGGUCAAGGUGUAUGCUGUCAAGGACUUCGCUGCCCGCUCCGAGGAUGAGAUCUCGUUCAAAGCAGGACGUAAGAUCUACGUGACUGAAGCUGCUGUUGCUGGCCGGGUGUAUGGAUACAUCAAGAAGGGAAAGCUGGUCAAGAGGAAGGUCUACGGAUACUUCCCUGAACAACUCGUCACCACAGACAAGAAGUACAAGGGCAAGCGUUCCUUCCUGAAGAAGAAGCUCUCCAAGCAGCUUCCCCAUGACAGUACCAAGAACUUCAUCAGCUUCAUGGGAAACAGCGGGUAGACAUUGCCCAGAUAGCUACAGAGGAUUACCCCUAAUGGACUUGGCAGUGAACUCGAUAUUGACCUAGAACAGUGAUAUGACUUUGGAUAUUUGUGGAUUUGUUUGUU